CCAACCGAAAUUUGCAGGGGGCUAAUUAUUCAGAAGGGCUAAUAAUUCUGACUUCAACUGUACACGCACCAAGAUCUGUUUAUUCAGAUGUGCACACACACGCACACACUGAAAGCCAAAGCCCGGCCUCUCGCCACAGACCAGUCCGUAGUGUCUCCACCCCUUGAGAUCUGAAUAUUUAAAGACCUGGAGUGACACGCUAAUCACCUGCACCACUUUGAGUACUGACCCUCUCAGAAAGAGUCUUCAAUCGAUGUUUCGUUGAACAGCACACUUAACAGACUUCCAAGCAAAACACCCACUUUGUAUAUUCACCUCUUGGAAAGACUCUUCAAUCAACCUACAGACUUGAAUCCAAAUGGAGGACCACCAUUGCGGAGCCUCUCUCUUUCCAACCUCCACCCUUAUUCCCGUCACCACCAUUUGCAUCUUUCUCUUCAUUAUUGGUGUAACCGGAAACACCAUGACCAUCCUGAUCAUCCAGCGCUUUAAGGACAUGAAGACCACCACCAACCUGUAUCUCUCCAGCAUGGCCAUCUCAGACCUGGUCAUCUUCCUCAGCCUGCCCUUCGACCUCUACCGCCUCUGGAAGUACGUCCCUUGGAUCUUCGGCGAGUUUGUGUGUCGUCUGUCGCACUACAUCAAUGAAGGAUGCACCAACGCCACCAUCCUUCACAUCACGGUGCUCAGCAUGGAGCGUUACCUGGCCAUCUGCUUCCCUUUCAAAGCCAAGGCGGCCAUUACUAAGAGGAGGGUCAAAUACGUGAUCUUGGCUCUGUGGGGUUUUGCUCUUCUGUCCGCGGCGCCGAUGUUCUUCUUGAUGGGGGUGGAGUAUGAAAAUGAAACCAUGCCUGAUCCCGGGUCUCGACAGUGCAAACACACACGAUACGCCAUCGAGUCAGGGCUGCUACACACCACGAUUUGGGUUUCAACUGCCUACUUCUUCUGCCCCAUGUUUUGCUUGCUCUUCUUGUACGGAUCCAUCGGCCGAAAGUUGUGGAAGAGUCGGCAUGAGCUUCAUGGACCCAAUGCGGCAGCCAGACAGAAGGUUAACAGGCAGACCGUCAAGAUUCUGGCUGUUGUGGUAUCAGUCUUUGCCAUCUGCUGGCUGCCGUACCACAUCGGCCGCUUCCUCUUCACUCAUGUGGAUGACUAUCACUCCGCUCGGCUCAGUCAGAACUUCAACGUGGCCUCGAUGGUGCUCUUCUACCUGAGCGCAUCAGUCAAUCCAGUCCUCUACAACCUGAUGUCCAACAAAUACCGCUCCGCCGUCAAACGUCUCUUCCUGCUGCCCCGCGGGUACCAAGGAACCAACCGGAGGCAUAUUUCCACACGCGAUGACAUCACGGAGACGCUGAACGGUGUGAAAGAGACCAUGAUGACGGAGGACGACUAGUGGCGACGUAUUUUCAGCUGAAGAACAAAAAUGGGAGAAGUGAAGAUGGUUUUAAACUAUUAAGAGUUUAUUUAAAGUUUAAAGUAUAUAGAAGUAUGGAGUUUGAUUAUUGAUUGAGUUUAAAGUAUUUAAAUUUACGAAGUAGUUGAGUUGAGUACCUGAAGGCAGAUUCUUUCUGCAGCAAAGUUUGGCAUUUGAUCACCCUUCUGAAAAAUCCAGCUUAA